AUGGGGAGUGAGACAUGGGAGGAGGAGUAUCACCGGGAGAAGAAACCCAGGCAGGAGGAGGAAAGUGUAGACCAAAAGCUGCAAAAGAUGAAAGAGCAGCUCUUGGCCGAGUUGGGAAUAAAGGAUCAGAAUCAAACUCUCUUACCCACCUCUUCAUCCUUCUCGAAGUGGGUACAGCAGGAGAUCGUUCCCAAGAAGUUUAUGAUGCCUCCUAUGGCAGCAUAUGACGGGGCUGGCAACCCGAGGGAGCACGUUCUCAACUAUAAAACUUUUAUGGAGUUGCAGACUUUGUCGGAUGCCUUGAUGUGCAAGGUAUUCCCUACAACUCUGACAGGACUAGCGCGGGCGUGGUUUAACAGCCUGGAGGCAGGGAGCAUUAGGAGUUUCGGGGAUCUGGCUAGCGCCUUCAUCAACCGGUUCAUAGCUGGAGUACCAGCAGAGAGAAAAACCAGUUACUUGGAGAUGGUCAAGCAGAGGAAGGAUGAAUCACUGAGGGAGUAUGUGGCCCCCGUCAUUCACAACUACCGGGUUAAGAAGAUCUUAGUGGAUGGAAGCAAGGUGAACUUGUUGCCUUACCGGGUUUUCCAGCAGAUGGGAAUCCCCGAGGAGCAGUUAGUCCGGGAUCAGGCACCAGUCAAGGGGAUCGGAGGAGUACCAGUGCCCGUGGAGGGGAAGGUGAAACUGGCUCUCACUUUAGGCGAAGCGCCAAGAACUCGCACUCAUUAUGCGGUGUUCUUAGAGGUAAAACUCCCACUAAGCUACAAUGCGAUAUUGGGAAGGCCUGCACUGUUUGAUUUCGAAGCCGUAACCAAUAUCAGAUAUCUGGCGAUGAAGUUCCCAUUAGAGGCAGGAGUGGGAGUAGUACGUGGAAGCCAAGAAGAAGCGAGAGCGAUGUACUUGGCCACAGUGGCAGAACCGAGCUUGGCAGGGGAGAAGUUAGACUCAGAAGUGCUAGAAGUCAGGGACGAAAAGAAAAAGGCCAGGACAGAGCCGGGUAGAUACCUUCCAGCUGACCUGGUGGUUCUAGAGUUGACAGAUUUUGAUGUCAUUCUAGGGAUGGACUGGUUAUCUACGUAUGAUGCUACCCUGAACUGUAGAGACAAAGUAGUCAGUGUUAGAGACCAGGGUGGGUCAGAAUGUGUCUUCAGAGGAGACAGGAGAGGGACACCUAGAGGUUUGAUAUCAGCCCUCCAGGCUCGUAGGAUGUUAAGGAAGGGGUGUCAGGGGUUCCUAGCUUAUGUGAGAGAGCUAGAUAGUCAGGUUAGGGAACCAUCCUCAGUACCAGUUGUUAGAGACUUCCCAGAUUUGUUUCCUGAAGAGCUUCCAGGACUGCCACCGGAUAGGGAAAUAGAGUUCGAGAUUGAGUUGAUGCCUAUCAAAAAUAAGUAUCCUUUACCUAGGAUCGAUGAUCUAUUCGACCAGCUGGCAGGAGCAGGUUGUUUUUCUAAGAUAGAUCUGAGAUCCGGAUACCACCAGUUGAAAAUCAGGGAAGGAGAUGUAUCCAAGACUGCUUUCAGAACCAGAUAUGGGCACUAUGAGUUCCUUGUGAUGCCGUUCGGGUUGACUAACGCCCCUGCAGCAUUCAUGGAUCUCAUGAACAGGGUUUUUAGGGAGUACUUGGAUCGUUUUGUGAUCGUCUUUAUUGAUGAUAUCUUGGUGUACUCCAGGAAUAUAGCUGCUCCUAUGACCAGACUGACCAGAAAGAAUCAGAAGUUUGUAUGGUCAGAGGAAUGUGAAGAGAGUUUUGCAGAGUUGAAAAGACGGUUAACUUCAGCACCAGUGUUAGCUCUGCCGAUCAGUGAUGAAGAUUUCACAGUGUUCUGUGAUGCAUCCCGAGUGGGAUUAGGUUGUGUGUUGAUGCAGAAUAACAGAGUGAUAGCUUAUGCUUCUAGACAGCUGAAGAAGCACGAGCUGAACUAUCCGACACACGAUCUUGAGAUGGCAGCUAGCCUGCAGCACAUCUUAAGUCAGAGAGAGUUAAACUUGAGGCAGAGACGGUGGGUCGAAUUGCUCAGUGAUUAUGAUUGUAAGAUCCAGUAUCAUCCGGGCAAGGCUAAUGUUGUCGCUGAUGCCUUAAGCCGAAAAUCACUUGGCAGUUUAUCCCACAUUGCAGUAGAGAGAAGACCGGUGGUGAAGGAUUUCGACAAGCUCAUGGAAGAAGGGUUACAGUUGCAGUUAUCUGGUACAGGUGCUUUGAUCGCACAGAUGAGAGUGACACCAGUGUUUCUAGAGCAAGUGGCUCUGAAACAGCACGAAGACCCUGAGUUAGUGAAGAUUGCCAGGACUGUUCAGUCUGGCGAUAGUGCAGAGUUCAGAUUUGAUGGUGAGGGGAUUCUUCGGGUGAAGCUAGAGCACCAGAAGCCGGCUGGAAUGCUUAACCCACUGCCGAUUCCAGAAUGGAAAUGGGAGAACAUAGCGAUGGAUUUUGUAGUGGGGUUACCGGCGACGUCUAACAGAUUAGACUCCAUCUGGGUGAUUGUGGAUAGACUCACUAAAUCUGCUCACUUCAUUCCAGUCAGGAGUAACUACUCUGUGGACAAGUUGGCGCAGGUGUAUGUAGACGCGAUAGUAAGGUUGCAUGGAGUUCCAGUGUCGAUCGUAUCAGAUCGAGGACCUCAGUUCACCUUUAGGUUUUGGCAGAGUCUGCAAAAUGAAAUGGGCACAAGGUUGGAUUUCAGCACUGCUUUCCAUCCACAGACAGACGGUCAGUCAGAGAGAACCAUCCAGACCAUUGAAGAUAUGCUGAGAAUGUGUGUGUUAGACUUUGGCGGUUCUUGGAGGCAGCAUCUACCUCUGGUGGAGUUUGCCUACAACAACAGCCAUCAUGCUAGCAUAGGGAUGGCUCCUUAUGAAGCUCUGUAUGGGAGGAAGUGCCGAACACCUGUUUGCUGGGAAGAGGUAGGAGAGAAAACUCUUGCAGGGCCAGAGUUAGUUGAGAUAACCAGCAAGUUAGUGCCUAUCAUCAGAGAGCGGAUCAGAACAGCUGUAAGCAGACAGAAAAGCUAUGCAGACAUCCGUAGGAAGCAGAUAGAGUUCCAGGAGGGGGAUAUGGUAUUGCUUAAGGUAUCUCCGAUGAAGGGAGUGGUUCGGUUUGGAAAGAAGGGUAAACUGGCCCCACGGUACAUUGGUCCCUUUGAGAUCUUGCAGAAGAUCGGGCCUGUGUCGUAUAAGCUAGAUUUACCGGCUUCUAUGGAACGAAUUCACCCGGUAUUCCAUGUUUCUAUGUUGCGGAAGUUUGUGUCAGAUCCAGAGAAGGUUCUUAGUGAACCUGAGGUGGAAAUCUUAAGUGAUCUCACCUAUGUAGAGCAGCCCGUACGGAUCCUUGACACCCAGAUCAGAAAGCUGAGAAACAAGGAGAUACCAAUGGUGAAAGUUCUGUGGAACCACCACAACCUAGAAGAGUGCACUUGGGAGACUCGGGAGUCCAUGCUCCAGCAA